AUGGGAGCCGCGCCGAGCGAGGGCGACUUUCUGGAGUGGUUUUUGCAUCGUUUCCGCUGGGUGUUCGUGAUCCCGGUGCUUCUUCCGCUGUCGUUUUGCUUUGAUUUGUAUUAUGCGGCCAGAAACUGGUUCAUCUUCAAAAUCCAAUCAGCCCCGAAGGCGCACGACCGGAAGGUGGCGUUGAUCCAGAAGCAGGUCCGCCAAUGGGCUGCCGGCGACCGGAAGGUCAAGAUGUGCACGGCUCGGCCGGGGUGGUUGACAAUGUCUUUUCGGUUCCCGGCGUACAAGCAGAACAUGACGCAAAUCAGGACGGAUCGGCUGAUCGAUAUCUUGGAGCCAAUGGUUACGAUGGGCCAAAUCACCCGAACACUCAUUCCGAUGGGUUUUACUCUACCUAUCGUCCCUGAACUUGACGAUCUAACUGUUGGAGGAAUGAUUAACGGUUGCGGCGUCGAAUCAUCAAGCAAAAAGCACGGCCUCUUCCAGCACAUUUGCCACUCCUACGAGCUGGUGAUGGCCGACGGAAGCCUAGUGACGGCGGCCAAGGAAAACCCGGAUGGUGGUGCCGAUUCGCAGGCGCUGUUCUACGGAGUGCCGUGGAGCCAUGGAACUCUGGGCUUCCUCGUGGCCGCCACGCUCAAGAUCAUCCCCUGCAAGCCGUACGUGAAGCUGACGUAUACACCGUCGGAUUCGGUUAAGAAAACACAAGAUCUGCUGCAAGCCGAGACCGAGAACCCGGAGAACGAGUUCGUCGAGGGGAUUUUGUUCUCGAAGAACCUUGGCGUGGUGAUGAAGGGAAGUUUUUGUGAAGACGCCCCUCGAAACGGGACGGUGAACCCGAUCGGGAAGUGGCACAAGCCGUGGUUCUACACGCAUGUUGAGGGGAUUGGCCGCGGGGGUACGGAAAAAGUGGAAUACAUUCCGUUGCGCGACUACUACCACCGGCACUCGAAGAGCAUCUUCUGGGAGAUCAAGGAGAUCGUGCCGUUCGGGAAUAACCUCUUUUUCCGCUGGUUUUUGGGGUGGCUUUGCCCGCCGAAGAUUUCGUUGUUGAAGGUGACCACGCCGGGGCCAGUGAGAAAACUGUACGAGCGUAAGCACGUCAUCCAAGACAUGCUCGUCCCGCUGGAGAAGAUGGCCGACGGGGUCGACGUCUUCGAGAAGGAGGUUGAUAUUUAUCCACUAUGGCUGUGCCCUUUCGUGCUCCCCUCUCUUCCCGGGAUGAUCAAGCAGCGCACCGGCAAAAAUCAACUCUACAUCGAUUUGGGGGUUUAUGGCGUGACGCACGUUAAGACCUACGAGCCGCGAGAAUCAACGCGAAGACUCGAGGAAUUUGUGCGAAGUGUUAAUGGGGUGCAAAUGCUAUACGCGGACACAUACAUGACAGAACCGGAAUUCUGGGAGAUGUUCGACAGGUCGAUGUACGAUUGGUUGAGGCUAAAGUACGACUGCAAGGAGGCCUUCCCGAGCGUCUACGAGAAGGUGUGCCGGGCGGCCCGGUAU